CUCCUCUCUUCUCUUCGUUUCUGCAAGAACAAGAUAAACCCUAUAUCUUUCUCCAUCACUCAACACUAAUCACCAUGUUAAUCUUUCUCAUUGUCUUUGUCUCUCUAGGAUUUUUCCUCUUUUCUUUGUUCUUUUCUCUCUUUCAAGCAUUUCACAACACUGGUAUGAAAUUAGUUUCCGCUCAUGGCCCUCCCUCUUAUCCAAUUAUUGGCUGUUUGCUAGCUUUCUACAAGAAUCGCUAUCGCCUCUUAGAAUGGUACACCAAUCUUUUAUCUGUGUCUCCAACGCAAACCAUUGUAGUGCAGCGGCUUGGUGCUCGCCGCACCGUAGUCACCGCUAACCCCGCCAACGUAGAGUACAUGCUCAAGACCAACUUUAGUAACUUCCCUAAAGGCAAACCCUUCACUGAAAUCCUCGGGGACCUUCUUGGGUGUGGUAUUUUUAACGUUGAUGGUGAAUUAUGGUGCACUCAGCGUAAGUUGGCUGUCCACAAGUUCACCACCAAGUCUUUGAGGGAGUUCGUGGUUAAGACGCUGCAGGAAGAAGUGGAGAAUCGUUUAAUACCGAUCCUUGAGGAAGCUGCAGAUUAUGAAAAAGUUCUGGAUUUGCAAGAUAUGUUAAGGAGAUUUGCAUUUGAUAUUGUUGGUCGGGUUUCUUUGGGCACAGAUCCUUGUUGCUUGGAUCUUUCACGUCCUUCGCCUCCUCUUGUUAAGGCGUUUGAUACUGCUUCUGAAAUAAGCGCCAUGCGUGGGGCGGCACCUGUUUAUGCCGUGUGGAAGACAAAGCGACUGAUGAAUAUGGGAGUUGAAAGAAAACUCAAACAAGCAAUCAAGCUUGUCCAUAGCUCAGUUCUAGAGAUCGUACAAAGCAAGAAGAGGGUUCUUGAGAAUGACCAAGAAAGGAAAUUGGACGAUGAUCUUUUGUCAAGGUUGUUAUUAGAUGGCCACGAUGAGGAAGUUAUAAGAGACAUGCUAAUAAGUUUCAUUAUGGCUGGAAGAGAUACAACAUCAGCAGCAAUGACUUGGCUCUUUUGGUUGCUCUCCAAGCACCAGUCGUCAGAGAAAAUGAUCGUGGAUGAAGUAGAAACAUUACUCAACAACGGCGAAAGGACCAUCGAUUAUGAACUACUUAGAGAGAUGAACUUCUUGAAAGCAACUUUAUGCGAGUCCAUGAGAUUGUAUCCUCCUGUUGCAUGGGACUCCAAGCAUGCUCUUUUAGACGAUGUCUUGCCGGACGGGACUUUUAUACGGAAAGGAGAUAGAGUGACCUAUUUUCCCUAUGGAAUGGGCAGAAUGGACAGUCUGUGGGGCAAGGACCGCUUCGAGUUCAAACCAGAGAGGUGGUUCGAGCAACCAGUUGGGUCGGGGAGAGGCGGUGCGAUGCUGAAGACUGUGAGUCCAUACAAGUUUCCAGUGUUCCAAGCGGGUCCAAGGGUGUGCCUUGGGAAGGAAAUGGCGUUUAUACAGAUGAAGUAUGUGGUGGCUUCGGUGCUGAGGCGGUUCGAGUUGAGACCGGUUAGGGAGGAGCAGCCUGUUUUUGUUCCUCUGUUGACGGCUCACAUGGCUGGCGGGUUGAAGGUUACUGUCAAGAGAAGGACAUAAAAAUGGUUUCAUUGCACUUGUAAAUUCGUUAGUCGCCAAAUUGACGCCGUGCGAAGAGUCCAACGUUCUAGUCCUUUUGUUGGAAAGUCCUAUAAAUUUGCUUUAGAGAAUAUUCCAACGACAA